AUGGCGGUGGAAGGAGGGAUGAAAUGUGUCAAAUUCUUGCUCUACGUCUUUCUGCUGGCCUUUUGCGCCUGUGCAGUGGGACUGAUCGCCGUGGGUGUAGGAGCACAGAUCCUCUUGAGUCAGAUUAACCAAGGGCCCACUCCUGGCUCCUUGUUGCCUGUGGUCAUCAUUGCAGUGGGUGCCUUCCUCUUCCUGGUGGCCCUUGUGGGCUGCUGUGGGACCUGCAAGGAGAACUACUGUCUUAUGAUCACGUUUGUCAUUUUCCUGUCUCUUAUUAUGCUGGUGGAGGUGGCCACAGCCAUUGCUGGCUACAUAUUUAGAGAUAAGGUGGUAUCAGAGUUUAAGAAGAAUUUCCAGCAACAGAUGCAGACUUACCCAAAAGACAACCAGACAGCCGUGUUUUUGGACAAGCUGCAGCAAGAGUUUAAAUGUUGUGGCGCUGCUAACUACACAGACUGGGAGACCAUUCCUCUGGUGCCCAAGGGUCAGAUUCCUGACUCCUGCUGUGUCAAUGUCUCUGCGGGCUGUGGGAUCAAGUUCAAUUCAAAGGAUAUCUAUACCAAGGGCUGCAUUGAGAUGAUUGGGGGCUGGCUGAGGAGCAAUGCGUUGGUAGUGGCUGCAGCACCCCUGGGCAUUGCUUUUGUGGAGGUUCUUGGAAUUGUCUUUGCUUGUUGCCUCGUGAAGAGUAUCCAAAGUGGUUAUGAGGUGAUGUAG